CAUCUCCCAGCUCUACACGACCUUUCUUUGCAAAGUUAUAGAAAUAAGAAAAAACUUUCUAUUUCUAUAACUUUGCAAAGAAAGGUCGUGUAGAGCUGGGAGAUGUCUCAUUUUAAUCAGAAAUGUGCGAGCUACAAUUAUGAUCAUUAAGAAAAGCUUUGGUUAUUUUAUCGAGUUUCUGAAAAACUGAUUUUCUAGAAAACUGGAUUUCUAAGGGCCUUUGUGCCACUCCAACUAUGAUAUUCGAAAUCAGCAUCAGCAAUAACCUGUGCCUAUGUGUGUUUCGACGAAAAAGCUCGGGAACACUUGGGGCAGUUUUCUUGUCAGAUUUGCCUAAAGUAAAUUGUAAUUAGAAUAGUUUUUUGUAUUAUAAAGCUGAUAUAGUUGUUCGAUUUUGUUCUUUCUUAGAAUAGAAAAAACAUUUCGAAACUAUAUUGAUUAUUUUAUUUAACAAUUUAAAUUAUUACAAAUAUCUUUAUUUUUUAAGAUACCAAUUAUUAUCGUCACAUAAUAAUGAUCGUCAUCGUUUGAUCAUGUGUCAUUGUCAUUUUUUAUACGAUACAAUUUAUCAUCAAUUAUUUAAAACUGAACAACAACAUCGAAAACGCUCAUUGAAACAGAAUGAAAGUGGUAAACGAAUAAAAUCAACAUCAAUUAUUUCUGUUAAAGAUGAUGAUUACUAUUGUUCGUAUAUGAGACGAUUUUACGUUGAAAACGAUGAAAAAAUUGAAAUACAAUGUCCAAUGGAAGAGAAUUGUAUCGAUAUUAAAAUUCAUCAAAUACUAAAAAAUAUUAAAGUAAACACCAGGUAAUUAUUCUAUUAAAAUUUUACUUAUUUUAAUUUAAAAUGAUAUGUUUAAAUUUAAAUGAAUGAUCAUAGUUAUUUUAUUUACCUUGAAAUAUAGAUUCAUCAUUCUCACUGUUCUCUUGAUUUUUGAUUAAUUCAGAUAAGAGUUGUCGUCCAUUAGGAGAGACAAGUAUACAUCCUGAAAAACAUUUAAAUAAAGAGAAGAAAUAAUUUUUUGUUUUUGGUACGAUGAAUAUGAUUACCAUCAAGAUUUUGUAUUUUUUUUGUUUAAUGUGUGGUGCUAAUGAUGCGGAA